AUCAUCCGAUCUUUAGAACUUCUGUGAUUGGACGCGGUAUAGGUCGGGUGAUUGUUCGUAAUUUGUUAGUUAUUACAUUUGACAUAUCAGUGUGUCAGUUUGUUUUAAUUAUUAUAUUUGUUUAAUGAAAAUAAAUAUUUGGCAAACAAUACGGUACAAUGGCAGAUCCUGGGAGAUGGUCUACGACACAAGACAAUGAUUUUUCUAAUUUUCAGUCAAAUGACAGCUUCAAUUUAAAUGAAGUAACUGGUAUCGAUGAGCUCCUUACAAAUUGUGAAAGUGAAUUAUUAAAAAAUGAAAACUUAUUCAGUGAUGAUGCAUUGUUAUCACAAUUAGAAGAGCCUUUGGGCAUGGAUACAGAAGGAUUAGACUUUUUAAAUUUUAAUAAUAGUAAAGAAUUAAAAGAUUUUAAAGAAUUUCAAGAUUUUGAGGAUCCAAACAUUAUAAAGUCUGUACCAAAUGGGAAUGUAAUGUUAAAUCCAGCAAUAACAGAAAAUGUACAACAAAUUCCUUGUGUUUCUCAACAACAACCUCAACAACAAAAGCAACAGCAACAACAACCACAAUUACAAGAUAUAUCAUCUGUACAAAAUAGGACACAAAGAAUAUCUGUUACACCAGCACCUACAGUAUUUAGUUCACAAUAUGCUAUCCCACAAAAUGUGAAUUUUAGUGUCCAAUCACCUGUGGUAACAAUAGCACCAGUGACACAACAAAGACAGUUACUUUUGCCAGCAAAACUUAUAAAAUCAGAAUCAGUUGUUUAUUCUAGAGGUUCACAAUCUUCAGCUUCUGUACCACAUCAAAUACAUACCUUAGUAAACACUGCUAAUGGAACAGUUUUAACUGCUGGUAUUCCUGUUGUGCUCGAUACUGAUAAAGUACAGAUUAAUCGUUUGAGUACAAAUACACAUGUUGGUGUACCAAGAGUUAAAGAAGUGAAGCGUAGUGCUCAUAAUGCUAUAGAACGACGUUAUAGAACAUCAAUCAAUGAUAAAAUCAUUGAAUUGAAGAAUAUUAUUGUUGGUGUAGAUGCUAAGUUAAAUAAAUCAGCAAUUUUGAGAAAGACUAUUGAUUACAUUAGGUUCCUCCAAAAUUCCAAUGCAAGAUUAAAAGCAGAAAAUAUGUCGUUAAAAUUGGCCGCACAAAGACAAAAUUUGCGUGAUUUAUUAGUAUGUGGUGAACUUACACCACCUAGAUCAGAUUCAAGUGAACCAUCGUUAUCUCCAGCACCAGCACCAUUAUCUCCACCAUCUCCACCUUCCAUAAAAGAUGAUCCAGAUGUACUACACAAUGUUCAUUCAACAUCUGUUCUUACGAAUCAAGGCAUGAGGGAUCAUACGAGACUUACACUCUGUGGAUUCAUGCUCCUCUUUUUAGCAUUUAACCCUUUAGGUCUUCUUAUAAAUAACGUUGGAAGAUUCAAUUCUGAUUAUAUAAAUACAAAAUUGGAUGGUCGUACAAUUCUUAAUUAUCAAGAUCAAUCAGAGUUUGAAAAUCCAGUUUGGAGUAAUGUUCUUUUGUGGCUAACAAAUGCUAUACUUUUAAUUGGUGGACUCUGUAGAUUAUUACUUUAUGGUGAUCCAAUACUGCCUUUUGACAGUAAAAUAUUUCUUGAACUUCAUCGGUGGAGACGUCAAGCAGAAUUUAAUAUAUCGAAAAAUGAAUAUAGUCAAGCGUAUCGGGAUUUACAUCAGUGUUUGCAAUACUUAGGUCGUCCAUAUCCAUCGUCACGUACAGAAGCUUGGCUUGCAACUAUGUGGCAAAUUAUAAGGCAAAUUCUUCACAAGUUAUGGAUUGGGAAAUUUAUUUUGAAUAUUCAUAAAUGGUUUUCUGAUAAAACUAUACGGCAACAAGCAGAACUAUCAGCUAUGGAAAUAGCUAUUAUUUAUCAGCAUAUGCUAUGUUUACGUUUGUCAGAAGGAUCAAAGAAAGGAACAUUGUAUCUUGCUCUUUCUGCAGUAAAUUAUGCAGAAGCCACUGGUGAAACCACAUCAAAAUCAUUAUUAGCAGAAGUAUAUAUUAACGUUGCAUUGUGCUUUAAACAGUCUCUUUUCCCAUUUAUUCAUAAAUAUUAUUUGGGUAAAGCACGUACAUUACUAUCAUCAUGUGCAGUUCCGCCAAAAUUAAAAUGGAUAAUGAGCGAUGAAGGUGCUAAAUUCUUAGCAUUUCAAAAGUGGCAAUAUGGAGAUCAAUCGGAUAAUGAAUUUACAUCUCAAAGUAGUAAAGCCGAUCCUCUAUCAUAUGCAUCACGUGCAUAUAGAGAGUACUUAAUUGGACAUUGUUUACGUAUUUUAACUGGUACUGCAGGAGACGCUCAUUUAUCUUCAAUAUUAGAAUAUGGACAAACUAUCAUGGAUUCUGCUGGAGUAAAUGCUGGAUUUUUAUGCACCGACAAAGUUACAGUUACACAUUGUGAAGAUGAAAUUGGAUUAUGGUGGGGAGCAGUUAUGUAUGUAGCAGCAUGUUGGAGAUUGAAGGAAGAUGAUUCACAAGCAUGGAGUAUUGUUGAGAGCAAAUUUCCUUAUGAAAAAAAUUAUCAACUUUGCAAUAAUAAUAAUAGUAUUAGUCCAUUGCCAUAUAUUGUUUUGAAUGCUUUGCAAGCAGCAAAAGCUACUAUUAAAUCAGCUUCUAUGCGUUCUAUUGAUCAAGCAGGAAUAUUACUUGAACAGUGCUUGGUUUACUACCAUUGCAAACCACAGUCAUCUCAAAAUGUCUUGCUUACUCAAUUGUGGAUUUGUGAUUGGUUACUUGAGAUGCGAACCACAUUUUGGCAAGAAUUAGACAAUGAUUUAGAAAGGUCAACUACAAGUAUAUAUCUUGGAGGUUUCCAGCGUGAUUUAGCUUGUUUGAGACAAUUAUGUCAGCAUAUUCCAUCUACAUUAGCAAGAGUAUUUCUUUAUGAAGCCACAGCACGUAUAAUGGCAGGAGCAACACCAGUGAAAACUCAAAUAUUGCUAGACCGUAGUUUACAUCAUAGAAAUUCACGUUCUUCAAUUAUCUGUGGGAAAGAUCGUUCACAGGACCAAUACAGUGGAGAAAGAGAACACGCGGUAGCUUUAUGUUUAGCAUGUCGACAUUUACCUGCGUUAUUAUUAGCGUCUCCUGGAGAACGUGCAGGUAUGCUUGCAGAAGCUGCUAAAACUCUCGAAAGAGUCGGCGAUAGAAAAAGACUUCAAGAAUGUUAUAAAUUAAGGCGACAAUUGGGUCCUGUAAUUUCUGCUAACUGAUGCAUUAAACAAAAAUACAUUCGCGUAUUUAAUUGAUAUUAUUGCAUACUAUGUAAAGUUUUUGUACAUAUGCGACAUCCAGAAAAGAAAUUGUUUUAUUUCUAAAUAAAAAUAUGUAAUCAAGAGAUUUUUAAUUUAAUCAAUA